AAUCACCAACUGGCAGAGAGUCAGAAACCGAAACAUCGAAAUGCGAACACGACGGUAGUGCAAGAGAGACGACUCGACGAAAUCGCGCGAUGGUUGCAAAGUUUUAAGUGAAUGUUUUUCCCCUCGGGCAAUUAAAAAAUUACUUUAUUAUACAUAUAAUUAAUUUGGUGGCUGUGACUAGUUUAUAGUAUACGAAGAUGUCGUGUCGGUUCGAAAGUGACGUUUUUUUCGUUUGCGUCGUCGUGGUGUCGCUAUUCGCUGCGGUAAUUGCUAAUCCGAGGAGUUGCGAUUUAAUUAAGAAAGAUGUAGAACUUCGGGGAUUUGAGGGUAACUUUGUGCUCGAUAAGCCGCAAAAUGGUUUGGUGUGCGGCGAGGGCAGUUGCUGCAAUGAAAAAUUGGAAAACAACAUGUUAUCUUAUAGUCAAAAGCAUAUAGAAAAGUAUGUGAAAGACGCCGUAGGGAAGGUUGCCACGUUAGUGGAGACUAGAGCUAAGAAAUUUGACGAAAUAUUUCGAGAUAUGAUGAACAACUCAAAACAAGAAUUCCACGACAUGUUCGAGCGCACCUACGGGAAAAUUUACUUGCAAAACUCCGACGUGUUCGCGGAUUUCUUUAACGAACUGGAAACUUACUACAAGAAAGGCACCGUACGUCUAUCGGAAACGAUGGACACUUUCUUCGGUAUCCUUUACCAAAGGAUGUUCAUGGUCAUCAACGCUCAGUAUAACCUUGACGACAAUUAUAUGCAAUGCGUCAACAAUCACAUGUUAGAAAUGAAACCGUUCGGCGAUUCGCCGCAUAAGUUGACGGUCACUCUGAAGCGUUCAUUUGUGGCCACCAGGAUGCUCUACAAAUCAUUAAGUAGAGCGGGCGAAGUGGUGCGUGAGAUGUCUACGAUGCGUCUAAGCGAAGAAUGCUCCCAGCAGCUCGUUCACAUGCAGCUGUGCGGAGUGUGUAGGGGAGAAAUGGGCAACGGGGCAUGUUCUCGGUACUGUUCCGAUACUAUCACGCUCUGUUUGAAGCAUCAUAUUCAGCUGAGCGAUAGUUGGGACACGUUUGUGGAUGCUGUGGAUAAAGUGGCAGAACGUCUGGUCGGUCCGUACAACGUAGACUCGGUGGUCGGUUCACUAAACAUCAAAAUAUCCGAGGCCAUAAUGAACUUCCAGGAAAUUGGAGCGGAAGUCUCGCAGAAGAUUCAAACUAGGUGCGGAACGUUGGGUCUGAAACGCCCCAAGAGGACCGCCGGUUACGAGAGUCCCCCCGAAGAGAAUCCGAACAUGGAGAUCCGCUAUCAGACGAUAAAAAUGCACGGGAAAAAGAAGCACAAAAAGGUGCAAGAGAAUGUCGAUCAGACGCCCACACUGGAUAAGUUGAUUGAGGAUAUUAAACUUAAAAUAAAAAACACCAAACAGUUUUGGGUGCAGCUGCCCUAUCAGUACUGUAACAACGAGACGAUCUCCGCGAGCCCGAGCGACGACGGCAAAUGUUGGAACGGUACCAACGUCGGGUUCUACGAAAACCCGAUGCCCAAACUAGAACCAACAGAAACCCCCAUGAUAUCCGAACAAGUGUACGUCCUGAACGGACUCACCGACAAACUGAAAAAGGCCUUCCACGGAGAAGAUGUGGAAAUAAUCGACGAUACGGAGGAAACCUUCGACGGAAGCGGUAGCGGUUCCGGUGACGGAGACGACGACAAUGAGGAGGAGGAGGAGCAGGAAAGGAACAACGGACACGUAGACGAAGAAGAAGCGAACGUGAAUCGGAUAGACGACACUUUCGAAUCAUCACCACCGUUGAGUAGUACAGCGACGCCGGAAGUUGUCAGGACUUCCGGUGGUCAUGCGAACAAGAUGUCGCUAGCACGGGCCUUGGUUCAGUUGCUGUUGCCGAUGGUGCUCGCGUGGUUUGGCGGCGCCAUCAGGGAUUUGCUGUGAUAUUUUCUAAUUUUCUUGUAAAUAGAAUUCAUUUCCGUGUAGGCAUGACGUCAAAAGAACGAACAAACAAACAGCUAAAAGAUUUUGUAAAAAAGUCCAUGAUAGGAGGAAGAUCUGAAGAUUACUCGAAGUUUCACCAAACCGUUAAGAAAACUUCACUUUUCAUUAAAAAAUUUAUUUUAAGGGGAUGAUUUUACUGGAAAUAUUUUUACAGACCAUCGAAGAUGAUGGUAACGAAUGUUAUUAUAAUGACACCAUGAAUUUGAUCUUUUAUCCUCUCUUUACUUUGUCCUUUAAAAAUGUAUAGACUUAUUGGAUAGUCUAGACUAGACCAAAUUUCAUUUAUCAUUACUCCAACAUCCAGUUUGAAGCAAGUUGUAUAUUUUUGUCACAAUUCAGCAGGUUAAGAACUGUAUAUUGUUUAAAUAGUUGUAAGUAUAAAUUGCUUUAAUGUUUUUUUUUCUUCCUUAUUUAGUUGUUUAAUUAAAUAGUUUUUGUAAUUUGUGUAAAAUUUGUUUUUAAUUAAAUCUUUCCAUGUAUAAAACGUCUCUAACUUAAGAAAGAUUUAAAUAAAUUAGUGCACAAAGUCAAUGAAUGUUAAAAUGGUCCGGAGCUAACAAUGUAUAUGAUUAAUUAACAUUUUGUGUGAUAUUAUGUAAAUUUAAUUAGGAAAGUCUGACUAAACUAGGUUAUUAGAUAUUUUUCUCUAUAGUGCUGCAUUUUACAGUGAAUAAUGAAUAGUUUUUAUUACCAUAUCUUUUAAACCAUAUCAGUGUAAUAAUAAUGUACAUAAAGUUUAUCUGAAUUCUUAUUGAUCGGCGAACUACUUUUUUGGGGCCAUUUUGGGCCACAAAUGGGUCCAAGAUUCUUAUUCUGUAAAAAAAAUGAGUUUAUACCCGAGGAUGUAUAGCAAAUGAACAAAAAAGUUAAUAAUCAAAUAGAGGUUUUUAAAAAACUUAUUUAUUUAUUUUGUACAAAAUAAAAAUGUUUAGGAGUCUUAA